UGUUGAAUACCUGACCGACUUUCUUUUGGUUUUAUGUUUUUAAGAGAAGACCUAAUCGAGCUACAGAAAGGGGACAGUGCAGAAAGCCAAAACCUCGAAUCGUAUAGCUAAUUGCCCCCGGCGAUCAUCCACCAUUUUGGCAUCAACGUUGAUCUCGAUCUCGACCUUGGAAGUUGUUUUUUUUGGGGUGCUUAAGGAUGACACCUGAGUCAGGUUCAGAGGGCUCCAGUUCAAUCCAUCCUGAGAAUUUAGAAUCAACCAUCGGAAUCAACAUUAAAACUCUGGAUUCACGAACAUUUUCGCUCCGCGUGAACAAAAAUAUUCCUGUACCAUCUUUGAAGGAGAUGAUUGUGACCGCCAUUGGAGUUCCCUCAGAACAACAACGAUUAAUUUAUAGAGGAAAAGUUCUCAAGGAUGAGCAAUUGUUAUCAGAACUUCAUAUGGAGGAUGGAGACACCCUGCAUUUGGUUUUAAGGCAGCUGGUUCAGUCUCAACCUUCAUCCUCCACAGGUGCUUCUGAGGCUUCAAGAACUAGCAACAGUCAAGCAAAUGAUUCUGGUUCUGGAGCACAACGCAAUAGGGCUGGACAGGUUGCUCAUAGUGUUUUGCUUGGAACAAUUAAUGUUGCAGACAGAAACGGUGAAGCUUUUUUAGCUGACCUCGGUCGGAAUAUAGAGACAUUUCUUGGUUCUUUAGGAUUAGUAACAGUAGAGCCUGCUGGGGGACCUGGCCAUGCUCCGUCUGUUUCUGUACUAAAUCAGGCCCCAUCAGGCACAGGAGUAGAAGGAUCUCAAAGUACCAGCACAACUGAGCCUGGUGACUCAGUACAUGAGGGGAUUUUUCCAUCUAAUAGCAGUCCACAACUGGCUUCAACUCAGUUUUCUCAGUUUCCGCUCAUACGAAAUUUAAACCAACCAAUGGUUAUCUCUGAUGCUCUGACAACUCUUACUGAGUUCAUUGAUCGGAUGGAAUUAGUAUUGCAAAGUCAUAGUGGCUCCUCGAACAAUGCUCAACAUCAGCAGCAUUCUGGAGCUUCAUUAUUAGAUGCAAGAGGAUUACCAACUCCUGAAUUUUUAUGUUCUGUCAUGGAAAGAGCGCAGCAGCUUUUAAGAGAUAAUGCAGCAUCUGCUCUUUCGCAUGUGGCCACACGUUUACAAAGAGAAGGGAGUUCUUCUGAUCCAGCUUUGCGAGGUCAGAUUCAGACUGAAGCUAUGCAAUUAGGAAUUGCAAUGCAGCAUUUAGGUGCUAUGUUAUUAGAACUGGGCCGCACAAUCAUGACACUUCGUAUGGGACAAUCUUCAGCUGAGUAUUCUGUGAAUGCCGGUCCUGCUGUUUAUAUAUCUCCAGCAGGGCCAAAUCCAAUAAUGGUUCAGCCAAACACCCUAUUUGGUGCGUCUCCUCUUCCAGUAAUCUCCGGAUUAUCCAUUGGAGCAUCUCCUGGAAAUCCUUUGAGCAACAUUAACAUCCACCUACAUGCUGGGAGUUCCUCAGCCCCCGGUGUAUCCUCUACCAUUGCCGCGACAAUUCCCGCUAAUGGAGAUCGUCUUGGCACCGAACAAACAAGUUCAUCUAUAAAUGGUUCGAGUGAUUCAAGCUCUGCAAGAGGAUUACCUUUGAGAACCGUGAUUUCUGCUACCCCUGCACGGACCGUACCAGAAACCGCUGGUCAUGUGUUCAGUGUCACAUACCCUAUUCACAUAAGGGCACAGCAUUCCAUCCCUAUACAGUAUGCUUCUCCUCAAGGCGCUGGCUCUACCACGAGCGGAGUUGGUCAGUCUCGUGAACAAGCUUUCAUCCCCCCGUCUGUUUCGGUGCCUGCAAUUGUGGCUCAGGUCACCGCACGCAUUGCGAAUGCGCUAACGGGAAAUUCACAAGUACAGAGCUCAUCUGCGGGCAUGCAGCCUAUUGCUACUCAGGGCUCUUCUUCAGCUGUGGGCAGCGGAGCACAAUUGGAUUCGUCGAAUUCUGCAUUGCAACCUCCUCAAAUGAAUAGUAGUAUCAUGCAUGAGACGACAGAGUCGAAUAUCGCGAGAAAUUCACUUUGCUCUGAUUCUGAAGAACAAAAUUCAUCUUCAGUGCCUCAAACAUCGCAGGAGUUGAGAGGCACAGAAGAGAAUGUAUUAGCUCGUCCGGAAGAUCUAUUUAAAGGCAAUGAUGGUGCAACACACAAUUCAGUAAACAUCGGAUUUACUGAAGAUGGGAUGCAGAGUGGUUCUGGGGAAAAUUGUACUUCUGUUCUCACUGUUUCAAGAAAAGAAGAGCAGCAGUUAGGAGGAAAUCAGAUUAAUAGCGUGGGUUCUGGUAUUAAUCUUGAAGAAUCAUCAACUUCCAUCAAUCUCGCCAACAGUCAAUCUGCUUGUAUUCAACCUUGUUCAUCAGAUGUUGAAUCUGUUAAGAGAGAAUCAGAAUCCAUUGAGCCUCAGAAGCCACCCCCAUCAAACAGUCCAACAGAGAGCAAUAUGCCUACUCCCAUAGGUCUAGGUUUUGGAGGUUUACAGACUAAGAAGCGAAGUAAGCCAGUAAAGCCUAAAGGGAAGAAUGACGGACAAGCCGAGGCAUCUUCAUCGAAUCAGAAUCAACAUUCUAUUGCUAGGGUUCAUGAUGCUCUUCCUUCUCUUCCAUCUCAGACCUCGAAUGUGGAUAAAGGAAGUAAAAAUGAGUCUCCUAGUCAGUUUUCCUCUUUAUUUUCCCAGCUUAUGAGUAGCAUGGCUUCUGGAGGGCAAGGUGGCAGCGGGCAAACGGAUUUUGCAGGCAUGAUGUCUAAUGCCAUGCAAAGCUCUGCUUUCAACAAUCUCUUGACUGGUGUAGCAUCACAGUCUAGGUUUUCCCCUGGUGAUCUGAGAAGUAUGUUGGAGCAAUGUGUUCAGAACCCUGCAGUUCAAAACACAGUAAAUCAAAUUGUGCAAGGUGUAGAACAGGGAGUGAAUAAUGGAAAUUUACAGGGUGCAGGACAAAACAGAUUAAAUUUUACCGGGAUCGUUCAGCAGUUGCUACCUGUAGUAUCCGAAGCUGUUGGUAGGGCCUCAACACUUUCUGAUCCUGUACAGGACUUGCAAUCUGAGCAUCAGCCAGAAUCCAUUGAGGCAAAGAUCCGUGCCACUGAGUCGUUGCAUGAUGCUAGCAAUCAGGUUGAUUUCAGUCAAGUUCUUGAAAAAAUUGAGCAAAAUGGUGACCCUAAAAGUGUCUUUGGAGCAUUGCUUGAAAUUGCUGCUCGCCUACAUGGAGAAGAUGAUACUUAUCAAGAUAUUACUGAACUGGGGAAUGACGAGGAACUGGUCAAUGAAUUCAUGGAGCUGCUGAAACGCGACAUCAAACGCAGAGUGGAGAAAGAGUCCAAAUCUGGGGACAAGUCCUGAAUCGGCUAUUUUUAAAACGAAAUCCAGUCAAGAUAAAACUGUACUGGAUGUUCACCGCAGCUUAUACUACCACUGAUCCCAGCCUCCCCUAUAAAUUCUAAAAGGGUAAAUCGAAACUGCUUUGUUGUAAUCAGUCUAUUUGUUUUUCUCAUACAUACCAAGUAAUGAAACAAUGUAUGUAAUUUUGAUACAGUUGUUUGUUGUGAUAGUAUAUGAAUCACUGGAUGAAGCAUUUUCAUUUGGUAUUGGAGCGGCCUGAAAACAAUCAAAUUCUGACCGUUUGAUUAAGGUCAA